UCCCUCCUCCAUGGCGUGGGGCGCCUCGGCCCCCGGAGCGAGGGGAGAAGCGGGGCGCUACAGCCGCGGCCCACGCAGACUUGGCUGGGCUUGGAAGAGGAACUGCAGGGGUUAUGGAACUGUCUGCCAGGAGUGGGCUCUGGGCCUUUGCCUUCUUCUGCCAUGUAGGAAUCCUGGUCUCCUCAGAAAGCCUUACCCUGAAAGGAUCAGAUUCUCCAGUGAUUGCCACAGUUGGCACAGAUGUCAUCCUUCCAUGCCAACUUUCACCUAGGACCAAUGCCAAACAGAUGGAAGUGAGAUGGCAUAGCAGUGAGAUUCCUGGCCUAACCCAUCAUUAUGUGAAUGGGCAGGAUGCCCCGCAGAAGCAGAAACCACACUACCGGGGAAGGACAGAGCUGUACAAGGAGGAGCUUCCCAAUGGCAAUGUCUCUCUACUGUUAAAGAAGGUUCAGGUGGCAGAUGGAGGCAGCUAUGUCUGCUUCGUUGGCAACAAAUUGAAUUAUUUGGAAGGCCUUGUGGAGUUAAAGGUUGGAGCUGUUGGCACAGGCCCCACAAUCUCUGUGCACCGUUCCCAGGACCAGGCAGUGACACUCACUUGCAGUUCAGAAGGGUGGUAUCCGGAACCAGCAAUACUUUGGACCGACAGGCAUGGUCAAAGACAGAACUCAACUAUGUCAUCUGUAAAAGAUGUUCAAGGUCUACACAAUAUUCAGAGUCACGUGGAUGUGAAAGAUAACAAGAACCAGGUCCUGGUGUGUCAGCUCCAAAGCAACUUCUGGGACCAGACAAGACAGUCGGCGCUGCAACUUUCCGGUGAUUUAUUCCCAUAUGAUAAACACCCAUAUGUAGUCACCACAGUAAUAUUAUGUCUAUCGCUCGUUAUAUUGGGUGUGGUUACAGGCUUCAUAUUCAAAACAGAGAGCGAAUCCAAAGGAAAGCUUCAAAUUGCAAAAGAGCUAUUGAAGGCCCGAAACUCAGCUGUGCAAAUCAGAUUGGAUCCUAAAACAGCCCAUCCCAACCUUCAUAUUUCAUCGGAUUGCCUACGUGUAAACCACACUGACCAGAAGCAAGAGGUGACAGAUACUCCGGAGAGAUUUGAUGGAUGGGCCUGCGUACUAGGAUCUGAAACCCUCAGAGCUGAUAGAGAAUAUUACUGGGAAGUGUAUGUGGGAAAUAAGACAGAUUGGGAUCUUGGGGUAACAAACGGGAAGGCUAAUAGGAAAGGCUGGCAAGAUUUGAAGCCAGAGAAUGGGUACUGGGGGCUACGAUUUUUUAACAGUACUGAUUAUAUAGCCUUAGUGGAUCCUCCAGUUAAACUAAGACUUGGCAAACAGCCUAAAGUAGUUGGGGUUCUCUUGGAUGGUAAGGCUCAGAGGUUAAAUUUCUAUGAUGUUUCAGAAAUGUCUCACAUCUACACUUUUACCCUGAAUUCCUCUCUGGAUGUAUACCCCUAUUUCUGUCCUGGUCUGAACAAAAAUGGGAAAAACAAAGACCCUCUCCAACUUUGCUUUCCCUCUCAUGGCUUCUGUGACCUCAUGUCUUCAACUUCCAUUCCUUCAUCUCCCACCCCCACACUGGAGCUCUUGGGUGGCAAUAAUGGAAAGGAUGUAGCUGCAGAACACUCCAGCCUCAACAACGAUGCUGCUGCUGCCUCCCUUCCAUUUCUACCCCAGGCUCCUUUCGUACAGAAGCAGGAGCCAUCCCCUCUAUAUGACAAUAUGCACAACUGUGGAUAGGUUCUUAGUUAGUUCUUAGUUUUGGACUGUGGGGUUUACCCCGACUGCAUUUCCUUGGGGGAAUUUACAUGCCCAAGUCGCAGGGGUUUAAGCCCUGCAAAUCCCGCAACAAGCCCAUGCCAAUGGGUGACACCCGUGACACUUGUUUAAAGUGUCUGGGGGAGGCUCACCAAGCAGACAAGUGCAGGAUUUGUAAAGGGUUUUGCCGCGGAACAAAAAAGGAGCAAGAUUUUCACCUCAAGCAGCUCCUUUAUGGAGGCUGCAUUCAGACCACAACCUCCAGCGGCGCGGCAAGACCUGGCACUGACCUCAUUGGUGCGCAGUGCCCCGGUGGCAGUGGUGGAAGCAGCACCGUGGAAGGACUGUGGCAGAGGCCCGCAAUACCGCCGCUCCCCAGCGCCAAAGCCAGCGGGAUUGACCCAGCACUGCUCCUAGUCCUUGGCACAGAAGCAGCACCAGAAGCAAGGGAGGAGCGGAUCUCUGUCCCAGAGACCCACCUGUGAUGUUGCAUGCCAUAUGUUUUAUGGGAAUAUGCUUGAGUGUAAAUAUGAUGUAACUGGAAUAUGCUUUAUGCACAAGGUCUCUUGUAAGGUAUUACAAAGCUUAUGAUCUACUCAGUGUGUUCAUCCUAUUUGUUUGGAUGUAUUAUUUCUACAUCUGGAGUUAGGAGAAUAAGUUAUAAACUUGUAUUACUGAUGUAAACAUGUUAAGUGGAAGCUAUUAAGAGUGCU